AUGAGUCGUAAAUUUCCUUACGAAAUAGGGCGCAAUAUAACGAUGAAGCUGGUUUACACAACCCUCACGGAUGAAUACGAGCUUAAUAUAGGUGCGAAAGCCCAGCCAUUAGUCAAUAUUGACGACCUGUUAUUCACGGUAUAUCAUCUCCUAGCUUUCAGCAAUCUGUCUUUUCCUAUAUUCCGAUAUCUAUUUCAACUGAACACCCUAAGGAAAAUGAUGACUUCGAUAUCCGUCCGGCCCGGCACCCUCGUGGAGUCUUUAGGGUAUAUAAGACAUAACGAUACACUAAAAUAUAAAGAUAUCGAGCUAUAUAUAGUGAAAGAUCCUAAAGAUCUAAAGGGCUAG